AUGGCUAAAUUUGUACGAAUCCACCACUGUUAUCAUCCCAUAUAUUACUAUGCAGGAUGGAGUAAUAAAUUAUAUUAUUUUUGCUAUAACAAUGAUAACAUAUCAAAGGCGACAUUAUUUGUUGAUGAAGGGAUAAAACUUAAAUUACGACAAUACGGUUAUAAAGAUAUAACUUCUGGUUUUCCAACAUUAAAUGAUGUGGCAAUUGUGGAUUAUCUUGGACAAAUAAUUGCAUUGAAUAACGUUGACGAACAAUAUCCAAGUGAAUGA